CACAACCACGCUUGAAAACGACCACCACUUGUUUGACAAGCCCUUAGCCAAUCGGCGGGCAGCCUUCCCCGUGCCUGUCGCCAGGCGGCCCAAUGGCGACGUGGCGGAGGCGUUCCCUCAGCUAGGUUAGGGUGUCCUUGCAGGGUGUCUUGUGCUAAACUUCACCAAAUAAUAGCUGUUUGUAUUUUGGCUGCAGCAGUGGCCAUUUUAGACGGAUUGGGCUCCCCCAUGCUGUAGAACUGUGGUGCGUUUGAACGGUAGAUCUUGUUGGCUGACAUUACAGAAGAUGUUGUUGAUGGAGACGUCAUUGUACAGUCAUGAGGUGAAACUCCAGAGUAGAUUCUGCUGUUGUCUUCUACAUCACUAAGAAGCUUCCUGCAGUUAAAGGUGCACAACCAUAAUUCAUGAUAAUGAAAAUACAGAAGCAAGACCAGCAACAGCUGCCCAGUCUGAAAGCACUUAGUUACUCACCAAUGUCCAGUGCCUCGAUACCUUGCGAACACCCCAUCCUGCCAUCAUUUUCAGAAUCUACCCCCCAAGAUUUUCACACAGUGACGCUUCUAGAUACCACCUGUCCCCUCUUAGAUGAUAAUGAUCUAUACCCGGACUCUGGGCAGGAAGAUUCCUUGCCCGUUCAAGUGACCAGCAUCAAUGGGAUGGAGAAUAGCGGAGGAUUGGGGACUGGGGUAAAGAAAAAACGUAAAAAAAAGGAGCCAGGGGAGGAGAAGGAGACUAAACCAAAGAAAAAGAAGGAGCCCAAGAAAGUCAAAGAGCCCAAAAAGGUCAAGGAGCCAUCUGAGGCCAAGGACCCGAAAGAUCAAAAGCAGCCGAAGGCUCCCAAGGAGCCGAAGAAGCCUAGGAAACCUCGGGAACCUAAACCACCUAAAGAGAAAAAAGCCAAUCAGGACUCCGCUGCUAAGACCAAACCCAAGAAAGCAAGCAAAGAGCAGGGACCAACACCAGUGGAGAAAAAGAAAAAGGGUAAGCGGAAAACAGAGUUUUCUGAGGAGAGCUUGGAUGGAGAAUCGUCUUUGCCGAACCCAGCAUCUCAAAGCACAGAGGAGUCAGUGGAAUCUCUGGACAGCCAGAAGCGCAGAUCAGGGCGCCAGGUGAAGAGGCGAAAGUAUAAUGAAGACUUGGAUUUCAAAGUGGUGGAUGAUGAUGGAGAAACCAUUGCUGUUUUGGGAGCUGGAAGAGCUUCAGCAUUGUCGGCUUCCACUUUGGCAUGGCAAGCAGAGGAACCCCCUGAGGAUGAUGCCAAUAUAAUAGAAAGGAUCCUGUCUUCUAGAAUCUCCCAAAAGGAGUUUAUGCACGGUGGAAUGCCUGUGGAAGUGGAGGAAUUUUAUGUAAAGUACAGAAAUUUUUCUUACCUGCAUUGUAAGUGGGCAACCAUGGAAGAGCUGGAAAAGGAUCCUAGGAUCCAGCAGAAGAUCAAGCGCUUUCGGAACAAACAGGCGCAAAUGAAGCACAUCUUUACUGAGCCAGAUGAAGAUAUGUUUAACCCAGAUUAUGUGGAAGUGGACCGAGUGCUGGAGGUGGCUCAUACAAAGGACUCUGAUACAGAAGAGGAGGUAACACAUUUCCUGGUUAAAUGGUGUUCACUGUCGUAUGAAGAGUCCACAUGGGAGCUGGAGGAAGAUGUCGAUCCAGUUAAAGUAAAAGAGUUUGAAGCACUCCAAAAGAUUCCUGAUCUCACCCCAAUGGAACGGCCGGCUUCUGAAACCUGGCAGAAACUUGUGAAUUCUCGCACUUAUAAAAACAACAACCAGCUGAGGGAGUACCAGCUAGAGGGAAUGAACUGGCUGCUCUUCAACUGGUACAACAGAAAAAAUUGCAUCUUGGCUGAUGAGAUGGGUCUGGGCAAAACAAUCCAGUCCAUCACCUUUCUCUCGGAAAUCUUCUUUAUGGGCAUCAGGGGUCCCUUUCUUAUUAUCGCUCCUCUCUCCACUAUUACCAACUGGGAGCGGGAAUUCAGAACAUGGACAGAGAUAAACACCGUUGUCUACCAUGGUAGCCAGAUCAGCCGCCAGAUGAUCCAUCAGUAUGAGAUGCACUAUAGGGAUGAACAGGGAACACCCAUUCCAGGAAUCUACAAGUUCCAUGUUGUGAUCACCACAUUUGAGAUGAUUCUGGCAGACUGCCCAGAGCUAAAGAAGAUUCGGUGGAGCUGUGUGAUCAUAGAUGAAGCACAUCGUUUGAAGAAUAGAAAUUGUAAGCUUCUGGAGGGAUUAAAACUGAUGGCUCUGGAGCACAAGGUCCUCCUCACUGGCACUCCCCUUCAGAAUUCUGUAGAGGAAUUGUAUAGCCUGCUAAAUUUCUUGGAGCCGGUGCAGUUCCCAUCAGAAAGCACCUUUCUGGAAGAAUUUGGAGAUCUCAAAACAGAGGAACAGGUGAAGAAGCUGCAGUCUAUCCUUAAACCAAUGAUGCUUCGGAGGCUAAAAGAUGAUGUAGAAAAAGACUUAGCUCCCAAGCAGGAGACUAUCAUUGAGGUGGAACUGACCAACAUCCAGAAGAAGUAUUACCGGGCCAUCCUUGAGAAAAACUUCACAUUCCUGACCAAAGGGGCCAACCAGCACAACAUGCCCAACCUUAUCAACACCAUGAUGGAGCUGCGUAAAUGCUGCAACCAUCCAUAUCUAAUAAAUGGUGCAGAGGAGAAGAUUCUGGAGGAUUUCCGCAAGCGGCACAGCCCAGACGCACUUGAUUUCCAACUCCAGGCCAUGAUCCAAGCUGCUGGAAAACUGGUGCUCAUAGAUAAACUUCUUCCCAAACUCAUCGCUGGUGGGCAUAAAGUUCUAAUUUUCUCCCAAAUGGUGCGCUGCCUUGACAUCCUGGAAGACUAUCUUAUUCAGAGGAGAUAUACAUAUGAGCGAAUUGAUGGCAGAGUCCGGGGUAAUCUCCGCCAGGCAGCUAUCGAUCGAUUCUGCAAGCCAGAUUCAGACCGCUUUGUGUUCCUGCUGUGCACAAGAGCUGGAGGUUUGGGAAUUAACUUGACUGCUGCUGACACCUGCAUUAUCUUUGACUCUGACUGGAACCCACAGAACGACCUGCAGGCACAAGCUCGCUGCCAUCGCAUUGGCCAGAGCAAAGCUGUGAAAGUGUAUCGUCUCAUAACCAGAAAUUCAUAUGAGCGGGAGAUGUUCGACAAAGCAAGCUUAAAGCUGGGCCUGGACAAAGCUGUACUGCAGGACAUCAACAGGAAGGGCAACACUAAUGGGGUGCAGCCCCUCUCAAAAAUUGAGGUGGAAGACCUUCUGAGAAAAGGUGCCUAUGGGGCUCUGAUGGAUGAAGAGGAUGAAGGUUCUAAAUUCUGCGAGGAAGACAUAGAUCAGAUCCUACAGCGCAGAACACAGACCAUCACUAUUCAGUCUGAAGGGAAGGGCUCUACAUUUGCCAAGGCCAGCUUUGUGUCUUCAGGCAACAGAACAGACAUCUCUUUGGAUGACCCCAACUUCUGGCAAAAAUGGGCAAAAAUUGCAGAGCUGGACACAGAUGCUAGGAAUGAGAAGGAAAGCCUUGUGAUUGAUCGACCCCGUGUCAGGAAGCAAACCAAGCACUACAACUCCUUUGAGGAUGAUGAACUGAUGGAAUUUUCAGAACUGGAAAGUGAUACAGAGGAGAGACCAACAAGAUCCCGGAGGCUGAAUGACAAAACAAGGCGCUACCUCCGGGCUGAGUGCUUCAGAGUGGAGAAAAAUCUCCUAAUUUUUGGCUGGGGACGCUGGAAAGAUAUCCUGAACCUCGGCCGCUUCAAAUGGCACUUAAACGAGAAAGACAUGGAGAUGAUCUGCAGGGCACUCUUGGUCUACUGUGUGAAACAUUACAAAGGAGAUGAGAAAAUCAAAAGCUUCAUAUGGGAUCUAAUCACCCCCAUGAAGGAUGGGUAUAACCAAGCACUUCAGAAUCAUUCAGGUUUAUCUGCACCUGUUCCCCGUGGAAGGAAAGGAAAGAAGUUGAAGAACCAAAUGCUGUUGCCUGAGAUAAAGAAUGCAGACUGGCUAGCCAGCUGUAACCCAGAGAUUGUUCUGCAUGACGACAGCUACAAGAAGCAUCUCAAGCAGCACUGCAACAAAGUUCUCCUGAGAGUGCGUAUGUUGUAUUACCUCAAGGCUGAGGUAUUGGGAGAUGCUGCAAGCAAAAUUUUGGAAGGAGAAAAUGCCAGAGACCUGGAAGUACUGUUACCAGAUAUAGAUUAUGUGGAGAUACCUGUGGACUGGUGGGAUGCAGAUGCUGAUAAAUCUCUCCUGCUUGGUGUUUACAAACAUGGAUAUGAGAGGUACUUUGCCAUGCGGGCAGAUCCUGCACUUUGUUUCCUGGAGAAGGUAGGAAUGCCAGACGAGACCUCGCUCACUGUAGAUGGAGUAAAUGAUGUGACUCCAGAAAGUGGAGAUCGGAGUGCAUUGAAGGAAGAAACUAAGGAAGAAAUAGUGAAUACACAACAAGAGCAGGAUACAAAUGACAGCACUGGGAAAGAAGAAAAAAGAGAUGAGGAGAGCAAUAUAGCUGAGAAUCUGCAAGCCCAGGAUAGCCCUGAACCAGACAAACUUUGUUGGCCUGCAGCAUCAAUUCUUACCGCACGACUUCGCCGGUUGAUCACUGUAUACCAGCGAUGCAACCGUAGGGACCUUGCGAGGCCAGAGGUUUUGGUUCCUACCAACCAUAGUUACUGGUUACAGGAGGAGAUGGCCAGAAGAGCAGAAAUGGACCCCAUUAUGAAGGAAAUGCAGAAAAGAUGGACCAGAAGAGAGCAGGCAGACUUCUACAGGACAGUAUCCUCCUUUGGUGUAAUAUAUGAUCCUGAGAAGAAGUGCUUUGACUGGAGCCAGUUUCGUGCUUUGUCCCGUCUUGAUAAGAAGACUGAUGAAAGCCUAGAGAAAUAUUUCCACAGCUUUGUCGCUAUGUGCAGGAAUGUCUGCCGCCUUCCACUCAGGAAAGACGAUGGUUCAGCCGAUCCCUCUCUUUUCUUGGACCCCAUAACGGAAGAACGAGCAGCAAGAACGCUGUAUCGUAUUGAACUACUGAGGAAGGUCAGAGAACAAGUGCUAAGGCACCCACAACUCCAUGAGCGUCUGAAACUCUGCCGACCAAGCCUUUAUCUUCCAGUAUGGUGGGAGUGCGGCAAACAUGAUAAAGAUCUACUGAUUGGCACUGCCAAGCAUGGGCUUAGCCGUACAGAUUAUUAUAUAAUGAAUGACACACAGCUGUCCUUUUUAGAUGCAUAUAGGAAUUAUGCCCAACAAAAAAGUAAUGGUGGGGAGAACAUGUGUUACCAUUUCCAGAUGAAUUCCAAGGCACAUGAGCCACCAUCUUGUCAUUUGGAACGGACAUGUGAAUCAGCAAAGCUCAAACCUGAUAAAGAAAUUAAAAUAGAAGCUGAAGAGGCUACUAUUACAAAUCAAACCUGUAGUCCUCCUGACCUUUCAUGUGAAAAUUUUAUUUCUCAAGUCGGAGAUAUGAUUUCAAACAACCAUGAUGAGUGCUCUAUGUCUGAUUCCCUGAUGUGCAUGAUCUGCGAUGAGAAGACUUGCAAUAGUGCACUGUUAGAUACCAACAAUAGUGAGCAACGCUCUCUCACCCAGGAGAGUUUCUUGGGGUUGGGCUCUAAGAAUGAGCCAACUGAUUAUUCACUGAGCAAGACCAAAGUGGAUGAUAUAUUGCCUGUUGAGGAGUCUGUAUCUAGAGACUGUUUCUUGGGAAGUAGUGAAAAGGAUGAGCCAAUAGAAGGCAUAGAUAGAAUAAAUGAACCAUUUGGUGAUUCAGGGUGCCAUCUUGGUUUGGCAGCAGAGGACUGUGAGAAAGCACAGGUGGAAGCCAUUGGACAGCAAGUCUUAGACGAUGAUAACUUUUGUUCAUCUCUUAGCCAGACUGCUGAACAAUCUUUAGGUCUAGAUCUUGAGUUUCUAGAUAAAACAUUUGAUGACCAUUCAGCACUAAGUCCCAGUAUCAAUGAGGACAAAGACUGUGGGAUAGCUGGUGAACAUUCUGAAAGCACACAUAUAAAUCCAUUACCUGUGCAAGAGAAAGAAGAAUGGGGGGCCGAUCUUCAGGAACUAAAAGAGGAUCCUAUUGUAAAAUGGCAAAAUGAGCUAAAUGACAUGAACAAUCCUCCACUGGAUGACACCCUAAAAGACCAGGAGGUAGAGGAUCUCAGUAUAGAAAAGGAUAGCUUAACAUCAAAGAGUAGUUACUGCGUCCCUUCUUUGGAAGUGAACGAUUGUGCAGAGAUGAAACAAAAAAACAGCCUUAUGCUUUCUGGGCUCUUAAAACAAAAUGCUGAAGACUUGAAAGAGAGAAUAGCAGGAGAAAAUGUUGUGGAAGAAUUCAAGGUUCCAUUGGAGGGAAACGAAAAAAUCAAGCUUGAAGAAGGUGAGGUUAAGAAAGAAGUGAAGAAAGAGAAUGUGGAGGAAGAGUGCAACUGCAAAGAAGACAGCACAAAUUGCGGCAGGAUGUGGAUGUGGAGAUCAGAAACCACAGAUUAUCUCGAUAAAUACACAGAGGAAGAUGUAAAAGCUUGUUCCCUGUCUGUUCCUGAAGAAUCACAUCAGGAUUUCCAAGAUGGCCGUGCUCCAACCAUUGCUCAGCUUUUGCAGGAGAAAACACUCUAUUCCUUCUCUGAAUGGCCCAAGGAUCGAGUUAUCAUAAACCGAAUAGAUAACAUCUGUCAUGCAGUGUUGAAGGGAAAAUGGCCCUCCUCCAGCCAACAGUUUGAAGCCCAGUGCAUGGUGCCAUCCUCAGUGCUGGGUACAUGUACAAGAAGCAGUAGCUAUCCAGCUUCAGAAGCACAAAAUAUGGUCUACAGCAAUGGUUCUCCUGUGCCUCAUGCCCAGAAAGAGCCAUUAUCAGCAACAACGUUUCCAAUCGAAGAAAGGAAGCAAAGAAGGCCAUUUGAGUUUGACAGCGAGAGGCCCGAUGGCAAACAUAGAGGAAUGGAGCACCUCAGCCCUACCCAUGGUCGGACUAAUUCCGCACUAAAUGGCUGGAGAGAUGCUGCCUUAGAGCUGUGCAGGGAGCAGGCUGCUGGCGGAGGCUCUUCCUACUCCAUGAACACCAGCACCCCCAAGAUGACUGGCAUCAGUGGGCUACAGAGUUCCUUGGGAAUGGACUUGUCGGGGAUUCUGCAAGCCGGGCUGAUCCAUCCCGUGACUGGGCAAAUUGUGAAUGGUAGCAUUCGGAGGGACGAGUCCUCUUUGCGUAGGAGAAGAGGGAGGAGAAAAAAUGUGGAGGGCAUUGAUCUGGGUUUCCUAAAGGACAGGGGCAUGCAUGCUGGAAUUCUGGGACUCCGAGAAGUGCCAAACCAACAAGGCUCUGGGCACACAGAAAGCUCCAUCCCUGCCUCUACGCGUUCUACUGUUCAUGGAGCUAAACUUCAUCCAGAAAAAGUAAUCUCCAACAAAAGCCUCUUGGAGUGGCUUCGGCAGCAAUCUGAUUGUACCAUUGAUAUGCCAACUUAUGGGGGUAGCUUUUCUGAGAAGCCCAAGCAGAGGAGACAGCGCUGCAAGGAGCCCAGCAAACCAGAUUUUAACUUGAUGGCAGGGGAUGACCGAGUGCCAGCAGUUAACAAGGACACAGGGCAGCAGGGAUUCCUCCCAGAAAGCAAGUUUGGCAGAACGCUGUCAGAGCCACUUAUGCAUGAUACCAUGCCCAGGAGGCGAGGCAGGCGGCCUCGAAGCGAACUGCUCAAAUCUGUGGUGCCUGAUUCUCCUUCGGGCAUGGGACCACUUUUUAUGAACGGUCUAAUUGCUGGGAUGGAUAUAGUGGGAUUACAGAACAUGAGGAACAUGCAAGGGAUCCCGUUAACUGGGCUGGUUGGGUUCCCUGCUGGAUUUACUACAGUCUCCACCAAUGAGGAAGUUAAAAACACCUUAAGCAUGUUACCCAUGAUGCUCCCUGGCAUGGCCGCUAUGCCUCAGAUGUUUGGCGUUGGAGGGAUUAUCAACCCUUCUAUCUCAUCAUCUGUGCCAACGUCUUUAGGAAGCACAAUUAAAAGUGGUAUCUCACUCCCUGAAAAGGCCACUGAGGACAAAGACGCAUGCCCAGAAACUAAACAAGAUGCUGCACCUUCUGAAAAGUCUGUUGGAUCCUUUCAGGAGAAAUCCGAACCUGCAGUGACUACCAGCAGCCCUUUAGCUUUUAACCCAUUCCUUAUCCCUGGCAUGUCCCCAAGUCUACUGUACCCUUCCAUGUUUUUGUCGCCUGGAAUUGGCAUGGCCUUACCAGGGGUUCAAACCAACCGGCUGUCAGAGUCAGGUGGCAUUGAUCCUCAGCGGCGAAGGAGGAAGAAGACAAAAGGGGAUUCCCAGACUUCCGAACAGGAGACUGUGCCCGUCACAGAAAGCACAGAAAAUGAGCAACUCUCCCCCAGAGCUCAGAACUGUGACACAAAUAAUGAGCCGGCGUCUGAGAAAGACCAGGAGGAUUCUGGUUUAAAAGAUACUCUAGAUGACACCAAUUAGAGAUUUCCACAAUUUGUGACUAGUCCUUUUUCUCUUCCUUGGAUAUUUCUAGUUCUCUCUGGAUCUCUGGGUUGGCCAUCAGUAAAUUCUACCUAACCCUUCUCCAACCCUCGUACUCCUCCUCACAGUGGCGUGCCUGUAGCAACCAGUCGCUAUAAUACGACGGUCUGCGACUCAACCGGGGACGCAGAGAAUACAGUUUCAUUUGUAAUGGUUUUUCCCCUUGCAUUCCAGCAUAAGGAUAAUAAGAAAUCAUGAUAUUUUUUUUUCAUUUUGUCGAUUGUGCUUGCUCUCCACCCUCAUCAAGCCAGGCUUUAUACAAUUGGUUCAAAGGGGGAGAGUAUUCACAUAGUCUUAAAACAGCAAUCCCAGAUCCAAAGACGAGCUGUAAGCAAAAGCAAUAGAACUGGUGCUGUCCAUAAAUGAGAUGUGACGGAGCCUAAUUUAUUAAUUGUUGGGUAUUUGGGGGGGGGGGGGUUUCCACCAAGUUUUGUUUUAUUUUUUUGCUCACAAUUCAGUGAUUAAGCAGUGUUAGAAAAGGGUUAUAAUAGUGUAUGCAUUUUGACCAUCAACUACUCAUUUAAAAAAAAAAAAAGACAAAAAAAAAGAAAAAUAGAAAUUCAUUUCAUUCAAAAAAAAAAAAAUCAAGAUUGUUUUUUUUUUUGUUGCAGACAUUGUAAAAAGCCCUUGGAUGAAUAUGGAGCCCAUGUUGCUAUAACUUCAUGCAACCUGUGAGUGAUAAGAAAGGGACUUAUACACUUGUUACUGUAAGAGGGCUCAGCGUCCGAUGCAUUGCAGUACCCGCAGCAGGGUCCUUUCGCUACAUAAAAUAGAUGUAUAUUUCUUUAAUAAAAAAAAAUAGUAUUUUUUUAAUUGAAACAAAAUACAAUAUAUGUAAGCUAGGGGCUGGCAAGCUGAUAACAUUUACUUGAGCUAUAGAUCGGUGUGGUCCUUUUUAGCCAUUGGUGCUGGGCUUGGCGGCGGUAUAAAGAAAAACAAAAGCUGUGAGAGUGUGAAUAUCCAUUUAGGACAGAGGAUUUACUAUUAAUUAGUAUAAAUUUAAAAAUUCAACUUCAAAGAAAGAGUGCAGAGAUGAACAUGAAUACAAGUGCAAUAUUGUUAAGAGUGCAAAAGCGCACACUUUAACCCCUUGCACUCUGGACACAAUGCAAUCUGGCUACAAAAGAACUUGACGUUCAGUGAUAAGUUGGAAUAGGUUGGAUGUUCUGUUAUAUUCUGUUGCACACAAUUACCUUUUUUUGUAAUUCUUAUCAUUAAAGGACAAGUAACACCAAAAAAUGGAAAACAGGUAAUUAAAUUGAUCAUAGUAUCUAUUUCUAUCCUUUAUAGAAAGUAUAUGUGCUGCAUUUUUAAUAGGCUAUAUCAGCUUUGCUUUAGCCAGAGGCCUGUAUCUCACGCUAAAGAAUCAGCUGAAGAGGGGGAGACACCAAUGGAUUCUCCUUGCUCCAGACAGAAAAUAGAGGCUGACUUGAUUUUAACUGAAAUUAGUUUACAACAAUAGUUGUUUUGGCAUCUGAAUUGAUUAUAAAAUGUUUAAGAACCCCAUUAAUUUCAGCAAAACCCUAACUAGUUUGUUGUACUACAUGGAGCCAAUACCCUUGUGAAGGGAUCGGGGGUUAAACAGACUGAGCACAAACCCUUCAUUUAUUUCAAGUAGAAUUGACCAACCUUUAUCUACUGUUCAUACUCAUCUCGCAGCACCUCUUACCUGGGAGCUCCAGGUAUGACCCGUGGGAGAAAGAACUACAAAAUGAAACUAAAGGUUUUUAAAAGAUAUAGUGCAGACUGUCAAUGUGUUCAUGUUUUUUCAUUUUCUGGUGUUACUUGACCUUUCCAUCGUGUUGCAUCCAUCUUUAUCUUAGAUAGAAGAUAAUCUACAUAAAACCGUAACUGGACUAAAGGCUAAAAACCCUGGUGUUUGUUUUAAAGAAUGAAAGCUGUGCUUUCAAUAAUGUCCUUAUUUGGCAUCCAGUUCAAAUCAAAAUAACCCUUUCCAUGGUGGCACAUAUCCAGCCUAUUGGAAUCAGGCUGCUUGAAACUAAUGGUUUAGACUAGAGUGACAGCAUCCUUCUGUGUCCGUUUCAGAUUAUCUAUGGCAUGGAAAAGUUAAAAGGCAACAUUAAGUCUGCAGCUAGUCUUUGCUGUUUGGCAAUUUUGGGAGUCCAUGGCCCUAGUUAGACAGGCAAUGUUGUGGCUGCACUUUUAAAGAUCAAGGAAAUUUACAUUGUUUAGCCCUUCCCUUUUCAGUGUGCUUGGAAGGCAAAUGUAUAUCAGCGAGAUGCUUUAAUACAACUUAUUCUUGCUGCAUGAACAAUCCAGUUUGACACAUUAUCGAGUCACAGAUAGUCAAACAAGGAGCAUCCAGCACGAGUGAGUAUUUCACAGCAGGAGAAACAAUAUUAAAACAGAAUAGAUGCCAUGCGGCACCUUAUUCUUAUAAUACAAAAACUAUUUGCCUAGAUGUUUUGAUGACAGUUGCACAUUCUUUGCUACGGAAUAUUUUUUCUUUUUUUUAUUUGGCCCCUGCUUACAUUGAUGAAAAUUCCGCCCCUGGUCCACCUAAGCUGUGCCCCUUUUAUGUGACACUGUGAGCUUGGGUUGCAGUUAUAGUAUUCCCUCAUUGUUGAUUCAACAGGGGUGUCUUUUUUCUUUUGGAAGGAAUACCUCUGCCACAAUUGAUUUAACUGAAUGUAACGGACAGUUCCGGUGUCUGAAAAUUCCACGUUUUGCCAUCAGCCAUAACAUGGCAUGUACAUGGUUUGAAUUCUUACACUUAGAUGAAGUUUAAAAGCACCUUACAGGGACACUAGAUUUCCCUUAAACAAGGCCAAAUUCUACUGUCAAUAUGACAGUUUCCUGGGGAUGUGAUCCCCUUAAUGCCCAAUGCCAAAAGGCCCUUCAAAGAUUUAUUUUGCCUUAAAACUUAAACGUAGAAGCUUAUUCGUAGUAACAGGGUUUACAAAAUCACUAUUUCUAAGCACUCUAAAAUUAGGCACUUGCCUCCUAAACUAGAAGAAGUUUGUUAUACUCCUGUUCUCUGUUUUAUCGAAGCAAAGUACCACUUUGUAUAUAAUGUGGGUAAUUUUGUUUUCUUGUUCUUUUUUCCUAUACAAUAUAGUGAAAUCUAAUCACUUUAUGGUAUAGAUAUUGUUACAAUUUAAGCUAUAGUCAUGAUCCACCCUGCUCCUUUUCUGUGAUUUGGAUCUGUUGCACCUAAAUAGUGGCAGUUGCAGGAUAUUACAUACUACAAGGGUCAGACUAAAGGUAUGGGUUAAUAAAAGCUUCCUUCAGACCAAGUUGGCAAUUGAAAAACCUGUGUAUGGGGCUCUGAAAAUCAGCCAGCUAUCAAAUCAAUAGGUUUGAAAAUCCUUCUGGAGGAAGAUCAUGUUGGUGCUUUGAUGCGGUCUCGUCCGAUAGACCUCUGUAAGCUUCACUGCACCAUCAGCCAGAUUUGGCCUGGAGCGUUGAUGGCUAAAUGGGGCCCAGAUAUGGCAGGGUUUCAGAAUGCAAAGUUUUAACUUCUUUUUUAAGAUGCUUCCUGGUUAUCAUUUCUGCAGUUAAGCCUGAGCCAGUCAGUAAUAAGCCAUUUAGGAGUUACAUAAAAUAUCUCUAAAGGCUCUUUGUUAAAAGCUCCCUCAUAUUUUUUUUCAAAUAAUUGUACAUGUUCUAUGGCUAGACCAAAAACUAUGUUUUUAUUGCACACAUCUAUUUUUAUUUUUUUUCAUGUAGCUUAGUGUUAAUUGAAUGUUCAUUGCAGUAUAAGAUCCUGUAUCUGCUGUAGUUCUGUAUUGGUGCGAUGAAUGUGCAGGCUCCAUUUGCUAAAAUUUACAUGAGAAAACACAUAAAAUCAUGAGAAAUGGGUCAGUUUGUCGCAUUGCUGGUUGGCCAGUUUUCAAAGGGGAGAAUCAUGAUUCAGAAGUUAUUUUAACAUAAAUAUAUUGCAGCAUUAGCAAUUAUCUGAUCGUUUGCUGGAGCCCAAUAACAACAGCACCCUCAGUAGCCGUAAAUAUGGCACUGGAAUAUUCUGUGCCGUCAUAAACAAUAUCUCUAAUUUACUGUCCGUAAAACAACUGGAAUACAGAACACAAUUAUGUUUUGAUCAUCUGCUAGUUCUUUCAUAUCUUUGGUUAGAUUAUUUAAAUAUGGCACAGACCCUUGUAUUUGCAGCUUUACAUCUCUGACAUGGAAUUAGCCCUAGUCUGAGUUAGGUUGAAUGUGUUGUGGGCAGAUGAUUUUCUGUGAUCUGUGCUCUUGUUUUUACUGGCAUCUUCCUAUCCAGGGGUAUAAAAUUAAUAAUAUAUUUGUGAGACAUAUUUCUUAGAACAAUAUUUUGCCAGAGGGACUUUUAAUAACCCUAUCCAUGUGAAUAAAGAGUUCCAUCCUGA